UACACCAGCAGGUCACUGAGCGAGGUUACUCGACCAGAGGAAGAGGAUCCGUGAGUCCUCUGGAUCUUUAAUCAUCCUGCUUCAUCCCGUUUGACUCAACUGAUCAGCUGCGAUGAAUCAGAGCAAAGUUGACUUUGAGCCUUUUGAAUAUUCCUACUAUGAUUAUUCAGACUGGUACUCGAACAAUGCAGAGCCAACCAAACCACCCAAAGAAGUUAUUUUACCAUGUGACCCCACAGUGGACGACAAGCUCUUCCACAUAUGCAUGCUGUCGAUAUCUCUGGUGAUGAUGUUAAUCCUGGCAGCUCUCACCAGGAAAAACAAGCUCUGCCAAGGAUUUACGAGAGGAUCUUCCAGUAUCUUCAGUCCAGCCAACUUCCUGGACCAGACUCAGAAAAAGGGCAUCGUCAUGGCGGUUUUUGGGCUGGUGUUCAGCAAGCUGGCCAUGCUGGUGAUUGCCCCAGACCCUCUGCCUUUCUCCAAAGAUACUCCAGCGGACAUUAAAGAGUACAUGAAGAUAAUUGCCAUCUUCUACUACCCUGUCCUGUAUUAUCCUCUGUUGGUCUGUUGCACUCUGCAGCACAAAGCAGGUUAUGUGUUCGGGGGGCUCCUCUCCUUCAGUCACUUCGGGAUCCUGGUGUGGCAGAAGUUUGACUGCCCAAAGACUCCAGAGAUCUACAAGUACUACGCUCUGCUUGCAAGUCUGCCUCAGUUGGCCUGCCUUGCAUAUCUCUGUGUCCAGUUUAUUUUGCUGUUUGCUAAAGGACCAAAGACUGAAGAGGACCUUGACAGCAGCUACUACACCAACUAUGUGAAGCUACUUCUCAAGAAAAAGUCCCAAGCUGCCAGCUCAUCAACUACAGAUAAACCAACGCUGGUAGAAAGAAUCCUGGAGGUGCCCAAGAGUUAUGUUUAUAUUCCAGAAAAAGUGUUUCGUUUUCCACUGAAACUGGCUGUAUCAGCAUUUGUUGCCCUUGUGGCAAUAUAUCAUACAGCGUUGUUGUUAGUUGUCCUGGUGGUCCCGACUCUCCAUAUUGUCCGUGCUGGUAUUGAUGAAAACAUCGCCUUCCUGUUACUGGGCUUUGGGAUCAUCUUGUCAGAUGACAGAAUGGAGGUUGUCAGGAUCGUGACCUUCUAUACUUGGUUGCUGGAAGUGUGCUACCUCUGUGCAAUGACCCUGUCUUGUUUGGUCAGCCUCGUCAUGCUCAUGAGGUCCAUGGUACUUCACAGGUCAAACCUGAAAGGAUUGUAUAAAGGAGACAUUUACAACAUUUAUAACAGCCAGAAAACCAUCCGUCCAUCUAAGCCUGGUAUUGUCUGUUGGAUGGGAUUGACAGGAUACCAAGCUGCGAUCAUCUGCCUGGGAAUGGCGAUUCAGACUAUCGUGUUUUUCAUCUGCUUCUUGUUCCUGGUGUUUUUGAUCAUUAUUCCUGUGUUUCACGGCCGUAAUCUCGUCGUUUUUGAAAUAGCGGGGAAAGCAUGGCCAGGCUGGGUCACACUGAUCCUGGUUACAGUGCUACAACAUGUUACUGCUAAAUUUGCUUUCAUCAAGAAAGAGGGUGGUACAAGAGACUUGGACAACAGAGAGAGUCUGUUCCUCCUGACGUACCUGCUCUUCCUGAUCAACACUGUGGUGGGACUGAUAGUUGGAAUAUGGAGAAUGGUGAUAACAGCUUUGUACAACAUCGUCCAUCUCGGCCGUAUUGACAUCAGUCUGCUGCACCGCACCGCAGAGUCCUACGACCCAGCCUACCGAUACUACGCCCACUCCCUGAAGGUGGAGGUCAGCCAGUCACACCCGGUGAUGAAGGCUUUCUGUGGGCUGCUGCUGGACAUGAUGGUCGAGGGCGGCAGAGCCGGGCAGAAAAUAAGAGACGCAGAGGAAGGGAUUCAGGAAAACAGGCCAAACAAGGCGACCAGCAGGAGGAGGAUUUGCUGCCGCUGGCUGCUAUUGUACACGCUGGUCAACAACCCAUCUCUGCUGGGCUCCAGGAAGCACUUCCAGACACUGCAGACCUCGGAGAGCAUCCUGAACGGCACACCUAGCCACAGCUCUAAGAAAGGCAGCAAGAAGGAGGCUGACAAGCCAGCUGACGAGCCGGUCGAGCCCACUGAGACCCCGACAAACCAAGAUAAAACUGAAUAAGAUCCUUAAUCUGUAUGGUGUGGUUGACCGUUUACUCCAAACAAAACUGUAUUUAGCAUGUAUCUAGUUAUUCUCACAUAAAAAAGACUUGGCCUGCAACCAAUCACAUUUUUAUUCUUUUAUUCUUUGGUAAUGGCAGGGUUAGGCAACCGAAACAUCUGUUUAAGGUUAGGGACAGCUUGUGAUGCUGGGCUCAGUGAUCAGCGCUGGUUUUGGUGCAGCCCUGCCAUUUCAUUUUGAGUGUGAACACGUCCAAUGUGAUCUUGUUUGGAGUAAACUGUGAUGAUGCUAGAUUUUUACAAGGUCCAGAUGAGGACACAAGAAUAAAACAAUAAAGUCAGUCAGGGUUUAUCCAAAGAGUCUCUAAUGAAGGUCAAUUCAGGAACAUGGUGACAAACUCAAAGCCAACAGCACCUUUGUUGUUCCUAUGAUACACAUGUUAUGGUUGAAAUGUGCUCCAGUAACAUCCCAAUACACAUCUAAUACUGGUGUGUUUGUCCUUCAUUACAGAUUGCUUGGAUAAACCCUGCAAAGACCCACAAGGCAGGUGGGCUAGAUGCCUUCUGGGCUCUGACUAGAGGUUUUCAUGGGACUACCUGGACUCCAGAAACCCGUACGAGUUAGGGUUCAUGUUUUAUCAUGGUCUGUUCAGUUUGACUCAGGUCCCAUUCUAAUAUCACAGGAGUGGGGGUCUGUUUAUCAUAUGUGUAAUAACUGAGUGGAUCUGAGAAGCAUGUGAUUAACAAGAAAAACAAAUAAGCACUGUGCGUGUAACUUGAGUGAUGAUCAGGCUGAUUUAGGAUCAGAGUUGGAUUUCUGAAUGACAUAAGGUUCCCCAAGUAAUACUAGUCCUGUGCAAAUAGGGCUUAAGAUGGGUAAGAACAGCAUGUUGUAUCUGACUUUUAGUAGCAAUUUUAAUUUCAGGGUAUGUUGGGUCCAUAAAAUAGACCAAAGUCUUGGGUCUCUCUUCUAUCGGAUAUGCAGUGGGUUGGGUCUGUAAUAUCCUGGGCUAAAACGUGUCAGGUAUAUAUAGUUUUAAAAGUUAUUAGGCCCAAUUGGCUGUCAGAACAAAUUUCUUGGGUCUUUUCAGGUUUGGUUUCAUCAUUUCAGACCCGUGAAGUCCUCUACUCCCAACCCAAUUGUCAGAAAAAAUACAGGCAUUGUACGUUUCUGUAAACCAUGAACAUUUGCACAUCAUUAUGUAGCGGAUAUGUUGAAAAUUUCAACACAUU